GACACAGACACACUCCUCGCCCCCCUACGCCCCCCCGUCCUUGCACGGAGCCUGCAGCUGGCAGCAGAGAGCUCCCCACAAUGGAGACUGAGCUGCCCGAGUCCCCUGCCUCCCCAACACCGGGUCUGCCCCCAGACUCUCCCCAGGAGAUGCCGCCCCCGGAGCUGCUGGGCAGGCCCCCACGCCGGCUGCCCCACCAGUGCGCCUCGUGCCAGCGCCGCUUCGCCCAGGCCCAUGGCCUCCGGCAGCACCGGUGCCGUCCCCGCGACCCGCCCACCCAGAGCCCUGCCAGCAGCGAAUCCCACCGGUGCCACUCCAGCGCCAAGCGUGGGCACCAGUGCCGGGUGUGCGGGAAGCAGUUCAAAUUCCCCUACUACCUGGCGCGACACGGCCUGACCCACGGCGGGCAGAAACCAUUCCAGUGCCCGGUGUGCCAUAAGGCCUUCCGCCGCCCGGCCCACCUGGCCCGCCACCAGCGCACCCACGCCCGCCAGCGCUUCCCGGAGCCGGCCGAGCGGCUGCGCCAGCAGGCCGGGCCCCCAGGCGAGGGGCACGGGGGCGAGGAAGCCGACGAGAAGCAGGUGCUGCUGCAGGCGGACUGGACGUUGCUGUGCCUGGCCUGCCAGGAGGCUUUCGAGACCAAGGGCGAGCUGAAGGCGCACAAGUGCUUCAAGGCGCGGGGCCGGGCCGGGCCGGGUGGCGCCCAGCGGCACCAAUGCAACGUGUGCCACAAAUUCUUCGCCCGUCCCUGGUCCCUGUCGCGGCACCGCCGGGUGCACACAGGCGAGAAGCCGUUUGCCUGCCCCGACUGCGGCAUGGCCUUCCGCCUCUCCUCCUACCUCAAGCAGCACAGCCGGUGCCACGGGGCCGGGGCCGGGCUGCCCUUCGGCUGCCCGCUCUGCCGCCAGCGCUUCCGCAAGGCGGGCGAGCUGGCCAGCCACCGGCGGGCGCACGGGGAAGCCGCCCCCGGCCCGGAGCUGCCCCACAAGGGCUCCGAGUGCAGCGUCUGCAGCAAAGCCUUCAAAAGCAAGUACGACCUGGCCACCCACUUCCUGAUCCACACGGGCGAGCUGCCCUACCCCUGCGGCCAGUGCGGCAAGCGCUUCCGGCGUCUCUCCCACCUCAAGCAGCACCAGGUCACCCACACGGGCGCCCGGCCCUUCCAGUGCGUGCUCUGCCAGAAGGAAUUCAAGCGCCUGGCCGACCUGGCCCGCCACCGGCAGGUCCACCAGGGAGACAAGCCCCACCAGUGCGGCGUCUGCCACAAGUUCUUCUCCCGCGCCUACAGCCUCCUGCGGCACCAGCGCGGGCACCGGCCCGAGCUCCUGGCCGCCGCCCGGCCUGAGGCCUUCCUCAGCAACUCCUGCUUCGACAGCCAGGACCACUCGGCCUUCUGCACCCCCGAGGACGAGGAGGAGGAAGGGGGCGCGGCCGGUGGCUCUGGGGAGGGCUCGUGAUGUGCCCGGUGGGCAUUCUGAGCUGGAUUGGGGGGGGAGGGCAGAGGGGGGAUCCCCUGGGGCCUGGUGGGGGGACCCCUGGGUCAGAGUUGCAAGGAAAGGGUCCAAAGCCUUCCCCCAUCUGCUGAGCCAGUCCUUGAACUCUAUUCCUGGGAGUUUGGGGGGGGUGCAUGGAGAGAUAUUGAAGGGGGGCAGAGGAGAGGUCUGGGGGCGUCAAAGGGAACGGAGCCUGUGAGAGGGUGAGAUGAGGAGGUGGCAUAUUGGGGGGGUCAUCCCACACCUCUGUCGCGGGGGGGGUGUCAGAUGCUGAGAUCCGCGGCUGGCUGGUUAAUACCGAGGGGAGGGGAAUUGGGGAGCAGCCCAGGCAGCACCGGGGAUGGAAAGACAAAGUGGGGAAUGGCACAUGGGGCCCCUCCCCUCUAGGGGGCACCAGCCCCAGGGUGGGGACCAGCUGGCCUUGGCAGGGGGCAGGGAAUCUCCCCUCUAGCGUUAGACACUGGGCUAGAUGGGCCAAUGGGUCUGAUGUGGGGAGAUCACGCCAUGUUGUGGGAUGGGGGAGGGGGUACCCCUCGAUGGGUCACGCCAUGAUCUGGGAUGAGGGGAGGGGGUACCCCUAGAUGGGUCACACCAUGAUCUGGGAUGGGGGAGCGGGUACCCCUAGAUGGGUCACGCCAUGUUCUGGGAUGGGGGAGGGAGUGUCCCUCGAUGGGUCACGCCAUAAUCUAGGAUGGGGGACGAGGUACCCCUAGAUGGGUCACGCCAUGUCCUGGGAUGGGGGAAAGGGGCACCCCUAGAAGGAUUAUGCCAUUUGUUGGCAGGGGGUGGGCGGAGUAUCAGGAUGUAGAACUGUGGGUCCAAGAGCCCCAUCUGUCCCUGCCCUGCUGCCUGACCCCACUGUGAUCCCUGAGGGCAGUGGAGGGCCGGGCCCCCAUCCUCCCCCAUGGUUCCCUGACCCACUGACGCAGGGCCCUGCCCCAAGCCCCACUCCCUGCCCCU